AUGCUUUUGGCGCUCGAACCCGGUCAGUUGCGGACCAAGAGCCAGGUCAAAGUACUCGACUCCGUUCAAAUGGAUUGGCUUGAUGAUCGGGAUGCUGAGAUUCUGCUCGAGCUCCGAGUCCAACGAGAUCACAAGAUCGCUCUGCAGUUCCUCGAAGUUGACCAGGCUGUGCAGCUGGUUGGACAGAAUCAGAUAGAUGCUCAAGACUCUGUCCUUCUGCUGCUCCAGUUUCUGGAACUCGGCGCUGUUCUUGGACACGCGCGGCACGUAGUCCUCUGUGGGGUGUUUUUUCCCCGUCUGGGGCACAGAAACACUGGCCCGGUGGAGUUCCUGCUUGGUGAAGUCAAAAGAUCCGUGGUUGUCGUAGUACACCGAAGAGCCACUGAACCGGUAGUAUUGGAGGUUCUUCUUGCCAAUGAGGAUGGUUUCAAUCAGAUCGAGUUCGCGCGAGUUGGCUGCGGUGAUAAUGAUGGUCAAUUGGCGGCGUUUGUCAAUCAGUUUGUUUAA